AUGUCCGGACUUACCGAAGCCCAAAUCGCCUCCUUCAAGGAGAACGGGUACCUCGUUCUGCCCGACUACCUGAGUCAACCCGAGCUCUCUUCACUCCUCACCGAAACAAACAAACUUCUCGACGAAUUCCCUCUAGAAUCACACCCUCUCACUCAGUUUACAACGGAGGAAGACACAGCAGACCAUGUGGGAGAUGACUACUUCCUGACAUCCGGUGACAAAGUGCGCUUUUUCUUCGAGCCUGAUGCGUUCAGCUCUGAGCCUGAUCCUCUAACGGGCCGCGCUGCGCUUAUGAAGCCCAAGAAUCGCGCUGUGAAUAAGAUCGGUCACUCGCUGCACACCCUGUCACCUCCCUUUAAGGCUGUCUCGUUGAAUGAGCGCAAUGCUGCUGUAGCGCGGUCUCUAGGAUUCGUCGAUCCUAGGGUUUUGCAGAGCAUGGUUAUCUGCAAGCAACCUUCUAUCGGUGGUGCUGUGCCUUCGCACCGCGAUUCGGAGUUCUUGUACACGAACCCUCCUUCGGCUGUGGGAUGGUGGUAUGCGCUGCAAGAUGCCGGACCAAAGAACGGUACCCUUGGUAUGUACAAGGGCUCGCAGACGGGGAGGAAGGGUGGACACAUUGCCAGACGGUUCGUGAGGAAGGAAGGUGGGGGUACAGAGUUUAUUGAGAACCAGGGCCCUUCUUUGCCUAAAGGAAUGGAGGAGGAAAAGAGCUCCGAGCCUUCGGAUGAAGACUUGGAGAUCCUCGAUAUCAAGGCAGGGUCGCUGGUGCUCAUCCACGGCAACGUGUUGCACAAGAGUGAGAAGAACACCAGUCCAAACAGCCGGUAUGCUUAUACCUUCCAUGUGAUCGAGGGUGCUGAUGGGUGGGAAUAUGAUGAGCGGAACUGGCUACAGCCUCCUGCCGAAGGAUUCUCCAAAUUGGAGGCAUGA